GAAAAGCGUGGGCUGGACCUAUUGCGUUGUCCUGGGUAUAAAAACCACUGGCAGUCGCCAUCGGCACUUCAGUGCUCUUUGAGAACCCCGCAAGAACUCCGCAACCAUGGCUCUAGAACGUCAAGUCCGUGCCAAGCUUGCUGGAAAGCGUAACUUGGAGCAGGAGAAGGAGGCUCAGGAAUGGAUCGAGACUAUCUUGGGAAAGAAAUUCCCCGUUGGAGAAACCUUUGAAGACGUCCUUCGUGAUGGACAAGUUCUGUGUCAGCUGAUGAAUAAAAUCUCUCCUGGAUCAAUUCCCAAGAUCAAUACCAGUGGCGGGCAGUUCAAGAUGAUGGAAAACAUCAACGUAUUCCAAAAGGCUCUAAAGGAAUAUGGGGUGGAUGACAUUGAUGUUUUCCAGACAGUAGACCUGUAUGAUAAAAAGGACAUAUCCCAAGUCACAACAACAUUAUUCUCCCUCGGUCGUCAGACCUACAGACACCCGGAAUGGAAAGGACCUUAUUUGGGACCAAAGCCUUCAGAGGAAUGUAAACGAGACUUUACGGAGGAGCAGCUCAAGGCUGGCCAGACGGUCAUUGGUCUGCAAGCUGGUUCCAACAAAGGUGCAACGCAAGCAGGUUCAAACAUGGGUGCUGGUCGCAAAAUCCUUCUCGGAAAGUAAAUCAUUUAUUUUCCCAAUCCGCGCUUAUCUCUUAAUUAAUUUGUAUUUUGUAUGUAUAUAAUAUACUAUCCUAAUGUAUAAUUGCAUAUUCAUUUGACCUUUUAUAACUGAAGAAUACAUCUCUAUUAU